AUGAUUAGAGGGGGGGCUUUUUCAUCACGGUGGGGCGGUUGGCGGGGAGACGGCAGACGUAAUGGGCUGGCAGACGGCAGACGUAAUGGGCGGGCAGACGACAGACGUAAUGGGCGGGCAGACGGCAGACGUAAUGGGCGGACAGACGACAGACGUAAUGGGCGGGCAGACGACAGACGUAAUGGGCGGGCAGACGGCAGACGUAAUGGGCGGGCAGAUGACAGACGUAAUGGGCGGGCAGACGACAGACGUAAUGGGCGGGCAGACGACAGACGUAAUGGGCGGGCAGACGACAGACGUAAUGGGCGGGCAGACGGCAGACGUAAUGGGCGGGCAGACGACAGACGUAAUGGGCGGGCAGACGGCAGACGUAAUGGGCGGGCAGACGGCAGACGUAAUGGGCGGGCAGACGACAGACGUAAUGGGCGGGCAGACGGCAGACGUAAUGGGCGGGCAGACGACAGACGUAAUGGGCGGGCAGACGGCAGACGUAAUGGGCGGGCAGACGGCAGACGUAAUGGGCGGGCAGACGGCAGACGUAAUGGGCGGGCAGACGGCAGACGUAAUGGGCGGGCAGACGACAGACGUAAUGGGCUGGCAGACGACAGACGUAAUGGGCGGGCAGACGGCAGACGUAAUGGGCUGGCAGACGGCAGACGUAAUGGGCGGGCAGACGACGGACGUAAUGGGCGGGCAGACGACGGACGUAAUGGGCGGGCAGACGACGGACGUAAUGGGCGGGCAGACGACGGACGUAAUGGGCGGGCAGACGACGGACGUAAUGGGCGGGCAGACGGCGGACGUAAUGGGCGGGCAGACGACAGACGUAAUGGGCGGGCAGACGACAGACGUAAUGGGCGGGCAGACGACAGACGUAAUGGGCGGGCAGACGGCAGACGUAAUGGGCGGGCAGACGGCAGACGUAAUGGGCGGGCAGACGGCAGACGUAAUGGGCGGGCAGACGGCAGACGUAAUGGGCGGGCAGACGACAGACGUAAUGGGCUGGCAGACGACAGACGUAAUGGGCGGGCAGACGGCAGACGUAAUGGGCUGGCAGACGGCAGACGUAAUGGGCGGGCAGACGACGGACGUAAUGGGCGGGCAGACGACGGACGUAAUGGGCGGGCAGACGACGGACGUAAUGGGCGGGCAGACGACGGACGUAAUGGGCGGGCAGACGACGGACGUAAUGGGCGGGCAGACGGCGGACGUAAUGGGCGGGCAGACGACAGACGUAAUGGGCGGGCAGACGACAGACGUAAUGGGCGGGCAGACGACGGACGUAAUGGGCGGGCAGACGGCGGACGUAAUGGGCGGGCAGACGGCAGACGUAAUGGGCGGGCAGACGGCGGACGUAAUGGGCGGGCAGACGACGGACGUAAUGGGCGGGCAGACGACAGACGUAAUGGGCUGGCAGACGACGGACGUAAUGGGCGGGCAGACGACGGACGUAAUGGGCGGGCAGACGACGGACGUAAUGGGCGGGCAGACGACGGACUCAAUGGGCGGGCAGACGACGGACGUAAUGGGCGGGCAGACGACGGAUGUAAUGGGCGGGCAGACGACGGACGUAAUGGGCGGGCAGACGACGGACGUAAUGGGCGGGCAGACGACAGACGUAAUGGGCGGGCAGACGACGGACGUAAUGGGCGGGCAGACGGCGGACGUAAUGGGCGGGCAGACGACGGACGUAAUGGGCGGGCAGACGACAGACGUAAUGGGCGGGCAGACGACAGACGUAAUGGGCGGGCAGACGACAGACGUAAUGGGCGGGCAGACGGCAGACGUAAUGGGCGGGCAGACGACGGACGUAAUGGGCGGGCAGACGACGGACGUAAUGGGCGGGCAGACGACAGACGUAAUGGGCGGGCAGACGACGGAGGUAAUGGGCGGGCAGACGGCAGACGUAAUGGGCGGGCAGACGACAGACGCAAUGGGCGGGCAGACGGCAGACGUAAUGGGCGGGCAGACGGCAGACGUAAUGGGCGGGCAGACGGCAGAGUUAAUGGGCGGGCAGACGGCAGACGUAAUGGGCGGGCAGACGGCAGACGUAAUGGGCGGGCAGACGGCAGACGUAAUGGGCGGGCAGAUGGGCAGACGGCAGACGUAAUGGGUGGGCAGACGGCAGACGUAAUGGGUGGACAGACGACAGACGUAAUAAAGAUAAAAUAA